AUGCUUCUUCCUGAACUUGAACGUCUCGUCUCGUCAAAAAUCAUCUUCGGCCUGAACUUCGCUGGCAACGACGUCUCCAUCCCGAUCGCAGAGGUCGAAGCGGCAGAGAAGUAUAUGGAUCCUAACCGUCUGCUUUCCUACGAGCUGGGCAACGAGCCUGAGUUCUACAACGUCCAAAGGCCGGGAGUAUGGAAUGUCAAAGCUUUCGUGGACCAACAGGAACAGUGGUUUAGCAAGUUGUCACCAAAGACGGAGAAGGGGUUUGUCAUCUGGCCCUUGCUCAGGAGCUGA